AUGUCACCCUCGGGGAUUGCUGCUCCUUAUUUUGGGCUGAUAAUCGACAAUGUUGAUGUUACCAACGGUCAAACAUUCCCUGUGUUGAAUCCUAUCACCGGUGCCACAUUGCACGCCGCACCAGCGGCAACAAAAGAAGAAGCCAUCCAAGCGGUUGAAAGCGCCGGGCGGGCUUUCGAGACAUGGCGAGACACCACGCCUAUUCAGCGUCGCGAAAUUCUGAAUAAAGCGGUGCACAUCCUACAGGAGCGGAAAGAUGAGCUCGUUGGAGCUAUGGUCAAGGAAACGGGAGCAAAGCCCAGCUGGGCCGAGUUCAAUAUCAAGACUGGAAUUCAGUUUGUAAUGGAAGGCGCAGGCAUGGUCACACAAGUGAAGGGCGAAUUGCUGCCUAGUACCAUGGCGAUGGUGUUCAAGGAACCUUGUGGUGUCGUGCUAGGCAUCGCUCCCUGGAACGCACCUAUCAUUCUCGGCAUACGGGCCUUUAUCACACCCCUCGUCUGCGGAAAUACCUGUGUCCUCAAAGCCUCUGAGUCAAGCCCCUACACCCAAUAUCUCGUCGUCGACUGCUUCCGUCAAGCGGGUCUUCCUGCUGGCGUACUCAACUUCAUCUGCUGUCCUCGCGACUCUGCCGGCUCAAUCACGGAGGUUAUGAUUGGGCAUCCCGCCGUGGCAAGAGUCAACUUUACCGGUAGUACAGCAGUGGGACGAAUCAUUGGGAGCCUGUCCGCAAAAUACCUGAAGCCUGUGGUUUUGGAGUUGGGCGGCAAAGCGCCAAUGAUUGUCUUAAAAGACGCGAACGUGGAGGAAGCCGUCAAAGCUGCAGCUUUUGGUGCUAUGCAGCACCAGGGCCAAAUCUGCAUGUCAACUGAACGAGUCAUCAUCCAUCGGUCCAUUGUGGGCAAGUUUCACGAACUCUUCAAGGCCAAGAUCGAUUCUUUAUACGCGAGCGACCCUUCGUCAGAUCCAUCGGCUCCCCUUGGCAGCCUCAUCAGUGCCGCUGCAGGCUCUCGCAUCCAUGAUCUCCUCCAAAACGCGCUCCAGCACGGUGCUACCAUAUCUGGGGGGCGAGUGUCUGUCUCCGGAGCAAUUGUGCAGCCUGUUGCUCUUUCGGGCGUGACCAAGGCAAUGGACUUGUAUCAGCAAGAGUCGUUCGGGCCGGUGGUGACCUUGUUUGAGUUCGAUACAAUCGACGAAGCCGUCACGUUGGCCAACGAUACGGAGUAUGGACUGGUGGCAUCAGUAUUUGGCACUGAUAUUUUGCAAGCCCUCAAAGUCGCAAGAAGGAUCAAGAGCGGCUCUUGCCACAUUAAUGGACCCACUGUCCACGACGAGCCUCACUUGCCGCUAGGAGGUCAGAAGGCGAGCGGAUAUGGGAAAUUCGGUGGGAACGCAUGUAUCAAUGAGUUCACCGAGGAUAGAGUGAUCACGAUAGUCGGCGAAGGGGAGCAUCGCUUUCCAAUUUAG